AUGGCGAAAUUUGUCGUCAGGAGACUCGACGAUAACACGCUACCGAUAGCAGCUUCUAGCCACGAGCAAGGACUCGCGUUAGCGGCACGGCACAAGCAGCAGAAUUGGUUCUCUAUGAGCAGAUCCGAGGACGUCGGCACGGGAGGCAAAGCUGGUGCAGAAAAUAUACCGGACAGCAAGAUGGUUGAGAAAGAUGGGACGAAAGGACAAGGCGGGGGAACGAAAGCUCUUCGACUCUGGGUUGAAGCCUGGAGGAAGGAGCGGAUGCUAUCCACUCCCAAGUUGGGCCAGACUCAAGGCAGUGGCGAUUGGCGCAUCGCAUAUCGACCCAGAUUACGUGGCCAGAUGAAAAACCACCCGGGAUACUACAUUAUGCGUCUCGAAUGGCCGAUGAGCGACCAAAAGGCUAUAGAAAAUUUUGUGCAGCAAUUACACUGCACAGGUCUCGAUUAUCAUCGAGCCAGAAUAUGA